AUGGGCUCUCGAAAUUUAGGCAAAAAUCCUGGGUUGAAGCGCAGUGUUUCGUCUCUUACUUCGCGGAUUAAUACUUGGAGCUCAUCGAAACCAUCAUCUCCCGUUAGAAAGAAGGCUAAAAGUGCAAAACCAGAUGUGAAAAACCUUGAAACUGCAAUCGCAUCCGAUUUGGAACGUGAGGAAGUUUUUUCGACACCGUGGUACCAGCUCUAUGGUCCAAGAACAGUUAUUGAGGUUUGUCUUCACAAGAAGAAGGUCACAGAAGUUAGCGAGGCUUUGCAAAAAUUGUUGCAAGGUGAAAGUGAUACACGUAUCUUGUUGCUAACGGGUCCUAGUGGUUGUUGUAAGAGUACAAUCGUCAGGCAGUUGGCAAAUGAGUUGAUACCAAAAUACCGAACAACCGGAUCGAAUUCCUUAUCUGUGAAACACCACGGUGAUUGUAAUGUUAUAGAGUUUGAAAAUGAUGCAAAUGCAAAUGGAAUCUCAUACAUGACUGAAUUCCAAGAAUUUUUAACUCAGGCAAAAUAUCGAAGCGGUCCCAAUCUUUCUUUAAUAUUGGUGGAAGAUCUCCCGAAUAUAUUCCAUCCUGGUACGCGGAAAGCGUUUCAGGAUCAGCUGUUGCAAUGGCUCUAUAUGUCUAGUGAUGCUCUGCCGCCACUGGUGAUAUGUUUGACCGAGUGUGAAAUUGAUCACGAGGAUAAUAAGCCCAAUGCAUUUGGAGUCGACUAUAGUUUGACGGCUGAAUCUAUUCUUGGUAAAGAGAUUCUUUCACAUUCACGACUGAAGAGAAUAAAGUUCAAUCCUAUAAAUACAACACUGAUGAAGAAGACUUUGAUGAAUCUAUGCAUCAAGAACAAGGCGACGUUGAUGUCGACAAAUAAGUGGUCGGAGAAGGAAAGAGUAAUCAAUGAAGUGGCGCGAUCUACAGGAGAUAUCAGAUCUGGAAUUAUGAUUUUACAAUUUUGGGCCACUUCCUCCAUGGAUACUCCGCUACCGGUAAGAGAAAGUUUCGUUUCGUACUUUCACGCGAUGGGCAAGGUUUUACACGGCUCAAAAGAUUUCGAGGAUGAUAAUGAAAUGAUCAACACUUUGAUAACCAAUUCAAAGGGCCACUUGUCCCAUGAGAAUUUUUCCCUUGGCAUUCUCGAAAACUAUUCUUCAUUCAACAAAGGAAGAUUCACAGUCAAAGACGCAUGGGAAGUUACAAACUCCUUGAGUGAGAGUGAUGUUAUGAGAACAGUACCAGAAUCUUUAGAGUAUUGCAUGCGUAAAGUACGAUACACAAUGGGCAAAGCUCGUUAUGAAGAGCGUACUCAUGGCAAGGCCAGUUUUCCACGAGAAUGGAAAAUUGCGUUGGCUCAAAACGAGUUCAAGAUUAAGUGCGAAGACUACGUUAACGUUUCCAUGUACAAAUAUGUGGAACCGCGUCAAUUUAGAGAUAUUUCAUUACAAUAUGCCUUUUAUGAUCCGCUGAUAAAGAAGGCCAGGUAUUACAAGCAAAAAUCGCUACUUGAAUACAUUGCUCAGGUCAAUGGGGCUCCAAAUCAAACAUUGCGCGGCAUUCAGGUUGAUCCUAGGAUAGAUGUACUUGGUCGUAUUGGGGGUGAAAUCAGCUUGGUAAACAACCAAGAUAAUGAAAUUUUUGAAGAUGAUCACAGGUCGAUCGCCAGGCAAUCAAUUGAAAAUCUGAAAAAAUCUAGAGAUGUCAAAUUACAAGAAUUGAUAGAACUGCAUGAAUUACGUAUGGGAGAAGACGUGGAAUUAGAAAGCGAAGAAAUCGAUGACGAUCCGAUCAUUGAUAGCGAUGAAAACGCUUCGACGAGCAAUAUACUCGAGGAUGACGAUUCGAUAUUCGAAAUUCUCUCUCAGAAACUCCCAAAGAUUAAUGUUAAUACAUCUAUUAAUGAGUCUUUAUCUGACUCCGAUUUGGAACAUCUAUAA